CUUCACGUGCUACUCGUGCGACCGGCAGUGAGCUUUGGUUAGGUUAGAUCAUAGGUUAGGUGUGAUUCGUGCUUGCCAGUCACAAAACUUCUUGUAUCUCAAUUUAUUAUCGCUGCUAAGAGAUAAUAAAUCCUCAGACUGAAAAUAUGGAAGGAAUGUCUGCGGCAAGUUUAAGCGACUCUGAGAGGGAGCAGUUGAUGAUCAAUCUGAAGCAGCAAAUAGCUGUCGCCAAUACCCAGGAACUGCUCGUGAAAAUGACGGAGAAGUGUUUCAAAAAGUGCAUAUUCAAGCCGGGCACGUCGUUGGAUAGCACGGAACAGAAAUGCUUAGCAAUGUGCAUGGACCGUUACAUGGACUCUUUCAAUCUUGUUUCGAGAGCAUACGGUGAGCGAAUUCAGAGAGAACGCAAUAGGAUGUAAAUAUAGGAAAUUGGGACAAGCAUACUGUUACCUGUUAAUCAUAGUAUAAUUUGUACAUGAUCAAAAGGGUAAUAUAGUAUUUUGUACAUAUGCAUUUUGUUUUACAACAAAAGCAACAGGGGUAUAUUAUCAUUUCCUAGAAUAAAAAAAAAUAUUUACACUUUACCAUUUGACAAUUUUAAUACAGUACAUUGUAAAAAAAUUAUUGUACAAUUGUAUUAUACAUGUAUAUGUCUAUACCUUUAAAUUUAUACAUACCACUGUGUGUAUAUACAUAUAUGCAUAUAUACAAUUGUAUAUGAUUAAAUUGUAAUAUUUCACCUGCCAUUUAUCUGCAUUUGAAAAUGCAGAAGACUAUCAUUUAUGUAGCAAAACAACAUAUACAUGGUUGUUAAUAUUGCAAACUAUUGAAAUGAUAUCGACAUGAUAUCAUUCAUCACUAUAGGGUAAUGGAAUUAACUGUACACUAGGAUGCAAGAUAAUAAAAGAACAUAGACAACGAGUGCAAAAGAGAAAAAUCUUUAUAAAAUAAAUAACAUAUACAUGAAUACAUAUUAUUACAUCAUACUUGAAAAUCAUAAAUAAGUAACAUAGGUGUUUUUUUUUUAUUGUUGUAAAACCCACAAUUCCACAGUACUUUUAUUUGCAUUCUUUAUAAUUAUUUCAUACACACUAAAAGGCACGGUAUAGCUACCAAUGUUUCAACGUGGUUACAAAAUAAUUAUCUGCGAUCGUGAAUACCGAAGGAAUACCGUAUAUAAAGCGGGUAGUAAUACUUUGUUCGUGAGACUUCAAACUGUAGAUUAUUAUGAGUAGCUAUGACUAUGGCUAUGUGAUGGUUACCUAUGUUGCGAAAGUAUCGAGGUUGUCACUCCAUGAAAUGUGCAUUAAAAACCGCUGUUAUAUAUACAUACAUUUUUCACAAUAAAAUAUUAUUUAAUUUUA